CUCCGCUUUGGCACUCUCUACUGGAUAUUUUUGUGAUUUGCAAUUUGACCCGGAACUGAUUAUAUGGAGUAGUAAACACGUGUGAUCAGAAAAGGCAGUUAGGGUUGCCCUAACGCUGGCUGACCAUGGGCAAGUCCAAACAAUGUGGAAACCAUAAGGGUGAUAAGAAGAAAAACAUCUCCAAAACAUGGAAGACCAAACGCAGAACAAAAGACCUUGAUCAGAUUCACACUGAUAUGAGACCUGACCAAGCAGCUAAGCUGCUGAAACAAGAUGUAGAUUAUGAUGUCACAGGCAGUGCACAACAUUACUGUCUACAUUGUGCGCGAUACUUCGUUGAUUUAAAAGCAAUGAAGGAACACUUUAAAACCAAAAUCCACAAGAAAAGGCUGAAACAAUUGAGAGAAGAACCGUACACACAGGAGGAGGCUGAGAGGGCUGCUGGAAUGGGCUCAUACAUACCACACAAAAAGGUGGAGGUACACACCCAGGCAGUAGAAGAGGACAUGGACUAAGGAAAGUUUAAAGGAACCCAUAUCACCUACCAGUGUCUAGUGCUGCAUGGACAUAAUGAUCCUGGUUUACAGAGUCUGUACAAAAUGUCCUUUAGCCUUUGACAUGUUCAGUGGACUGUUUCUAAUGGUGUGGAUGAUAUGCACAUGUAAAUAUGGAGAUGCUUCAAACGUGUAUGGAGAUGUGUUGGUAAUAGCUAAUAAAGUAAGCUAUUUGGUUGUA